AUGUCUCUUCCAGACAGUGAACCAGUCAACAUAACAUUUGUACAAGAUCACGGGAACAACUGGGAAGCCUCGGUGGAUUUCCUUCGGCGCGAAGGAAGCCCCCGGACCACCUGCAGAAGCCGUGGCCUGUGCAAGUGCUUCAGCAAAUUGACUCGGAGGGCCUUCUGCUGCGACUGCCUGGGAGGACCCUGCUUCCCUGGGGACUCGACCGUGCUUACGCCUUCGGGACUCGUGUCCCUGGAUCGCCUUUCCGUCGGGGACCUCGUUCUUGCAGGCGACAAUGACAAGGGCGCGACUUGGAGUCCGGGCGUUGCAUGGCUGGAUCGUCGGCCACAGGUCGAGGCCCAGUACCUCACCCUCGCCACUUCAGCUGGUCCUCGACUCACUCUCUCAUCCUCACAUGUCCUCCUCGACGCACAAAGACCCCGCCUGACUUCAAAAUUUGCCAGCGAAGUCAAAGUAGGGGACGUGGUCGUAGCGUUAGGCGAAGACGGCGUGGAGAACCCUUCACCUCUCCGGACUGGCGAAAGCAGCUCAAGGCGACUUUCCCCUGCUAAUGUGACGGAGGUUAUCCCUGUUAUCAAGAAAGGUGCCUAUGUGCCUCUGACAAAAUCUGGCACCAUCUUCGUAGACGGCGUCCUGGCCUCAUGCUACGCUUCAGUGACCCAUGACCUAGCCCACGCUGCCCUUUCCCCCGUCAGGUGGGCCCCUGAGUGGGUUGUCGGGGGGCAGCGGGAGGGAACCAUGCCCUUUGUUAGUCUCCUGAAGUGGGUUGCCAGGUGGUUCGUGCCCCGCCACCUCCGUGCUCCAAAGGACACUUCCGUGACUGUGAUUGUGCCCAUAGAGGGUAGGAUGCCGCCUCUCAAUACCAUGUCGGGGAUACUUACUGGCCUCGGCGCUGCGGUUCAGCUGAUGAUCACUUCUGUGUAA